AUGGGUGUCGAUGCCAGCGCAGUCCCAACAACAGAAACUCCGCUGCCCUGGCUAGUCCACGACAAGGGGCCCCUUCAUCUUGCCAUUGUCGUUACGCUGGUCUUGACCGCGCUGUUGGUUUACUCGCUCAGAGCCUUCACUCGUGGAAAGCUCCUUCGCUCCUUCGGCAUCGAUGAUGGACUAAUGGUUCUGGCCGCUCUAUGCACAAUAGGAAUCUUUAUCGCAUUCACUGGAGUCGUAGAGCUCGGUCUGGGACAGCAGCAAGACGACUAUGUCUUACCCGCCAGCAAGACCGUCCAAAUGGGCCCGUGGAUGUGGGCGUUGAACUCAUUCAUCAUCUUUGGGCUUGGUCUCGUGAAGCUGUCGGCUGCUUUCACUCUUUUGCCUCUUACAAGUGCUAGACGCCAGUCGUAUCUACAGAUGGGACGCACCUUCCUUCUCAUCUGCCUCAUCCCGAUCAACACAGCGUCCAACGUGCUGAUGGUCGUCGUUGUUUUACCCAUCGCCGUCGGUACUCCUUCCAAUCUUGGAGCCAAGCUACACAUCCUCGCAGUUCUAUUAUUGGGUCUCUUUGUAUGCGCUGUGGCCAUUAUCAGAACCCGAACGGUCUACACCUCUUGGGGUCACGUUGGCCAUCGCAACAACUUCGACUUGAAUUUCACUACCUGGGGCAUGAUCGAAUUCCUAGCUGCCAUGAUAGCCGUCAACCUCAGUACUUUGGUGCCUCUUGGUAGAGCGAUCCGCGAUCCCCUCGAUACACCUCGCAAAGCCCCGCGUGUGGCUGCCAUCUCUGGCCCCGUCGCCGGCAGCACUGUUCACCUCAUUCACGGCGAUGUCGACGAUCUCGUUCCCAGCUACUCCGAGUCUUACGAACCGGAAAUGGAUGACUCCUACAACUCGUAUAACUCCCGCUAUUCUGGCCAAACAGUCAUCUACCGCCCUGACACAGCAUACUUCCCCUCUCACGGCCAUAAUAACAACAGCCUAACACGCUUUCACGACGACGAAUCCAACCUUGACUUCGACAUCGAAGCACCCUCAACCCGAUCCAGCCCCCGUAGGGUCACAAAACCAGGACCAUCUUCGCGCUUCUCCGUAUCUACAGUCAGCACCCGUAGAGUGAGCGACUGGUCACAACUCAGCGACUUUACAUACUCUCCACCCAAAGACUCCGAUGCCGAUUUCGAAAAAGCGAUGAGCGGAAGAGCCAGGAUCAGUGCGUCGGAGCUCGAAGAGAUUGUGAAGAGCCUAGGAUUGAAGAGGCAAAGUAGUAACGAGAUUUGGGACAAGGAGAUCGGUCUCUUUGAAGAAAAAAGCGAAGACGGAGGAAGUUCCGUCGCGCCCACAAUAUACCUGGAAGACGAUGAAGACGCCGUUGACAGUGCUGGAGUCCUAUGCACAUGCCCAGCACCACGGGUGCGGAACGGCGCUGCAGGUGAAUCUGCACUACAAAGCGAAGCAGACUCGAGCGAGAUCACCGUGAUCCGCAUACGUGGGACAGCUAAAUGCAGUCUCCACAAACCUCUACCGCGCAUUCGAUCCCGCGAAUGGCUCGCGCGUGGAUAA